CAUUUAUCAGCUGUCACAGGUAGUAACAGUACUACUACUACUACACAAAGAUUUUUCUUUCUAUAUUCAAAUAUAAAUCCCCAUAUAAACUAUGUCACUCUUUAGCCAAAAGAUUUUGUAAGUCUUUUUUUCUUUUUCUUCUCUCUCAUUUCUUUUCAGUUUCUUUUUAGUUUCAGAAAGAAACACAAAAAAGAAAAGCUAUAGCAGUGCAGCUAAUGGAGAAGAAAAUGGAAGAAACUGCUUUAGCUCAAACUCAACCCAAUAAUGUCACUACCCAUCACAUUCCCAAACCAAGAAAAGGUGGCCUCAUUACUCUCCCCUUCAUUAUAGCAAAUGAGGCAUUUGAGAAGGUUUCAAGCUAUGGACUUUUACCAAAUAUGAUAUUUUAUUUGAUGAAAGAUUAUGGUUUAGGAGUUGCUAAGAGUGCUAAUAUAAUCUUUCUUUGGAAUGCUGCUACCAAUUUCAUGCCUUUGUUGGGUGCUUUCAUUUCUGAUUCAUAUUUGGGUCGUUAUUUCACAAUUGGCCUUGGUUCAAUCUUCAGUCUCUUGGGGACAAUCCUGUUAUGGUUAACAACCAUGAUUCCGAAAGCAAAGCCUCCGACUUGUGAUAUAAUGACACAAAGCUGUACAUCCCCGACAUCAGGACAAAUGACAAUGCUCUUAUCUUCAAUGGCCUUCAUAUCUAUCGGAGCUGGCGGCAUUAGGCCUUGCUCUUUAGCAUUUGGGGCUGAUCAAUUGGAUAACAAAGCUAAUCCGAAUAACGAGAGGGUUCUCGAAAGCUACUUUGGUUGGUACUACGCAUCAACCGCCAUUGCUGUUCUGAUUGCUUUGACAGGGAUUGUAUAUAUUCAAGACCAUCAUGGUUGGCGAGUUGGCUUCGGAGUUCCUGCAAUUCUCGUAUUCCUAUCGCUUUUCUUGUUCUUUGUUGCUUCUCCGCUUUACCUUAAGCAGAAAGCAAGCAAGAGUCUGCUUGCUGGAUUUGUACAAGUUCUUGUGGUUUCUUACAGAAACAGAAACGUUCCAUUCCCUCCUACAAAUUCAGAAGCUAAAUAUCAUCGGAGGAAGGAUUCCGAGUACAUUGCACCAACGGAGAAUCUCAGGUUUUUGAAUAAGGCUUGCAUCGUUAAAAACCCAGAACAAGAUUUAGCCCCAGAUGGAUCGGCAUCAAACCCGUGGAGUCUUUGCACAAUCGAGCAAGUAGAAGAGCUCAAAGCUCUUAUUAGGGUUAUCCCAAUAUGGUCUACGGGGAUUAUGAUGUCGAUAAAUGUUAGCCAAGGUACGUUUCAAGUACUUCAAGCGAGUUCCAUGGAUCGAAGCCUAACCUCAAAUUUCCAAGUCCCAGCGGGCUCUUUUUCUACAUUUGUAGUUAUCUCUAUGGCAGUAUGGAUUAUACUUUAUGACCGUGCAAUCCUUCCGUUGGCAUCAAAAAUUAAGGGUAAACCAGUUCGAUUCAGUGUUAAACUAAGGAUGGGAUUCGGCCUAGUUCUUUCGUGCUUGGGAAUGGUGGUUGCAGGUAUCGUCGAGAACGUCCGACGAAGAAAAGCCAUCGAACAAGGAUACUUAAACAACGCCAAUGCUGUAGUCCACAUGUCAGCAUUCUGGCUUGCACCACAGUAUUGCUUGAACGGUUUGGCAGAGGCGAUGAACGCAAUCGGCCAAACGGAAUUCUAUUACACCGAGUUACCGAAGAGCAUGUCUAGCAUCGCUGGAGCUCUUUUCGGACUCGGAAUGGCAGUUGCAAACUUGCUGGCCACAGUCAUUUUAAGUAUUGUGAAUAACCUAACUUCAAAAGGAAGCAAACAGAGCUGGGUUCCAAGUAAUAUAAACCAAGGUCAUUAUGACAAAUAUUAUUUUCUUCUUGCUAUAAUGAGUGGUGUGAAUUUGAUAUAUUUUGUAAUAUGUAGUUGGGGUUAUGGACCAUGUAAAGAGCAAAUAACCAAAGUUAGUGAUGAAGGAAAUGGAUUCAAGAAAGAGGAAGAAAUGUUUAAUUUAAGAAGUUUGAUUAAAGAAGAAGAUUCAAGAGUUUAGAGGAUUGUUUUGUUUUGUUUUGGUGGUUUCAUUUGAUUAUGUGAUUUGUUUUGUGUGAUAGUGAGAAGCAUUAAAAUUUCAUUUUUGCAUA